CUCUUUAAUACUUCACCCUCUCUCUCACCCUCUCUCUCUCUCUCUCUUUGCAUCAACAUUUUUCAAUUUUCUCUCUCUAUAUAUUUUCUUGAUUUUAUGGACAGAGGAUGGGGGAUAUCAGUUGAGUCCGAUCCAGCGAAGUUUUUUGCGAACAGGUCCUCCAGCUUGAGUUUGACACCCAGAUUGAACCGUAUCCGAACGGGUAAUAUGUUCCCGGUGAAUCUUAACCGAAGAGAAGAACAAGCUGCUCCUCAUCCGUCUGAUGCUGAGAACCAUCGGACGGUUGUCGGUGAGGUCGACUUCUUCUCUGAUCACAAGAAAAGGUCGGAUGAUCGUAUGGAUAAUUCCAAGACUAGUAUUACCGUGAAAAAGGAAAUCUCACACGAAACCGCUCCCAGAAAUGAUUUGGAUGCAAUUAAUACUGGCUUGCACCUUCGUACAACUAACACGGGGAGUGAUCAGUCGAUGGUGGACGACGGGAUCUCAUCGGAUGGUGCUGAAGAUAAACGAGCUAAGAGUGAGCUGGGUGUGUUGCAAACUGAGCUUGAAAGAAUGAAUGCGGAAAACCAAAGGUUAAGAGGGAUGUUGUCUCAAGUUAGCAACAAUUACAGUGCACUACAGAUACACUUAAUGACAUUAAUGCAACAACAGCAGCAGCAGAGUUCAAGGGCCGAAACCACUCACCAACAUGAGAUAGCAGAAGGGAGACCAGAAGAGAAGCUACAAGUGGCUGUGGGAUCAGUUGUGCCGAGGCAAUUCAUGGAGUUAGGCCCAAGUGCAACGACUGAGACAGAUGAUCAGCCUUCCAAUACUACUUCUUCAGAAGAAAGAACCCACUCUGGUUCACUUCACAACCAUAAGAAUGAGAUGGUUCCAUUUGGUCAUCAUCAAGACAACAAGGCCAAAGGGAUUGGUAGGGAAGAGAGUCCGGAAUCGGAGGGUUGGGUGCCGAAUAAGGCGCCCAAACUGAGUAAUGGCUCUAGUAAGACUAGUAUCGAUCAGGCCGCCACGGAAGCUACCAUGAGAAAGGCUCGUGUUUCGGUCCGCGCUCGAUCGGAAGCUCCCAUGAUCACCGACGGAUGCCAAUGGAGGAAAUAUGGACAGAAGAUGGCAAAAGGAAAUCCAUGUCCUCGAGCUUACUAUAGGUGCACCAUGGCAGUCGGUUGUCCAGUCCGCAAACAAGUUCAAAGGUGUGCUGAGGACAGAGCAAUCCUAAUAACCACCUACGAGGGAACCCACAACCACCCACUCCCUCCGGCCGCCAUGGCGAUGGCAUCAACCACAUCGGCAGCAGCAAGCAUGCUUCUCUCAGGGUCGAUGUCGAGCUCCGACGGGCUCAUGAACCCUAAUUUCCUGGCAAGAACAAUCCUCCCAUGUUCCUCUAGCAUGGCUACCAUUUCAGCCUCAGCUCCAUUCCCAACAGUCACAUUAGACCUCACCCAAAACCCUAACCCAUUACAGUUCCAAAGAUCAGUAGCCCCAAGCCAAUUCCAAAACCCAUUCCAAACACCCCCACAAGUGCCUCAUGCGUUUGCUCAAGCAUUGUAUAAUCAGUCAAAAUUCUCUGGCCUCCAUGUUUCCCAGCAACACUUGGAGGCCCACCAAGGUCCUCCUCCACAAUUGCACCACCAACAACCACAGUCCUCGUUUGCCGACACACUCAGUGCUGCCACAGCCGCCAUCACGGCUGAUCCCAGCUUCACGGCGGCUCUUGCCGCCGCCAUUUCGUCCAUUAUGGGUGGCAAUGCUCAACCGAACAGCAAUAAUGCCACAAACAAUACCACCUCCACCACAGCCACCAACACUACUACGAGCAACGGCAACAAAAUCGGCGGUUUCCCGGGGAACUAAACGUGAUCACACCUUUACUACUUCUUCUUCUUCUUCUUUUUGAAUUUUUGUUCAUGUCAAUUUCUUACUUUUUCUCCCUUCUUUGUUUUUUUUUUUUUUUUGUAGAACAGGAAUUUCAUUCUUUCUUUUGUUCUGGUUAAAAUAAUGUUAUUUGUAUGUUGAGUAAAUACGUGCACAAAAGAAGAAAUAUUUAGAUGUUUUUGUUCA